AUGGAGAACAUUCAUGCCUACAAUUGGGCACAAUUUGUCGCCGACGAGCUCAGACUAGCAGCAGCAUCUCUGCAGUUGAAGCUUUCCCAUGGAAAGAACAUUGGAUACAUCAAUGGAUGCAUGUUAAUCCCUCAGAUUCACUACCUAGACAGCUUGGACUUUGGCAAGGAUUCUCCUCCCGACCACAUUCUUCCCCGGUUUGCUGCAUACAACGACGCCAUGGUCUGUAACCUGAUCAAACGGGAUAUAAUUCUGAAAAAUCGACUUCCUUUUCCGACAUAUGGUAAACUAAAGAUACGCAGUCCUCACAGCAUACGCUACGAGUCAGGACCAUGUGUGCACGCACCCCCUUGUACUCCUGUUUCUGGUAGAGUGUUCAACUCCCUCGUUAACUUGGAGACACCAAAAUUUGACAUGGGAUUGAGUCAACUUGAGCCCGGCGACAACACCACAGUGUGUAACCAAGUCACCCGACUGAGACAAACGUAG